UGCUAUGGCAACGCAGAUCCCGUGAUUUAUUCAAAGAAUAUCAUGGGUGUGGGAAUGAUAGCCGGUCCACCAUUUGCAUGUUCUGGAGGGAAUGUGGCGCUAUCAGCCACCUGUAUGACCUUACCACAAGCUGUGUCUGCUUCAGCCCUGGAACUGACCACUGAGAGUGGAGCUACAGUUGGUAACAUUGAUGCAACAUCAAAUAUGGUAGACGACAAGGUUUAUAUCUAUGAUGGCAAGUCUGACUCCGUUGUAAACCCUGGGAUUGGACGUGUCAAUCAAGCUUUUUAUGAACACUUUGUCCAUGACAGAAACGAUGUUAAACUGGUGCUUGAUAUUAAUUCUGAACAUUGCAUGCCGACAGUUAACUACGGUGGCACGUGCGACCAACCAGCGACCCCAACUUAUUUAUGUAACUGCAACUACUCGGCUGCUUUCGACUUGUUAAAUCAUAUCUAUGGUGGAAAUUUGAAGAUGCCAUCAGGUCAGGCGCAGGCGAAUGGAAAGGUAAAAAGUUUUGUUGCAUUUUGACGAAAUAAAUGUUGACAUCAAUGUUCACUUAUUCACAUUUAAAAGUGUAUAUUACAUUAAUAAAUUUACAAUCGCAAACUUGUAAUAUGUUAUAUUGCACAUGGAUGUUUUGCAGAAUACUUUAAAUUGGCUAUGCAGCAUUUACCCAGCAUUCUAAAGAACACUUCAC